CCACAAGAUGUGAAUGGCAUGAGGGAGCCACAUAACGUAAUGGAGCCAGCAUGGAUUCGAACCAGGUCUCUUCCCGUAUGAUGAAACCAUUGAGCAUCCUUGCGUGGCCUUUUCACAUGCAUUGAAAAAAAUACAAAAGAACCUUCCGACAAACGUGAUCCACCCACUACGUCAUGGUUUUGCAUCUUGCUGCCAUUGAAAAAGGGCCUCAAAUCUCCCCUCGUUGUCCUUCUUUGCACACAAACAACAAUCAACAGAAAACUGGCACACAAUCGGUUCCUGCUUUUCCUUGGGCAUCAAAUUGACGGGACAGUUUCAUUGAAUUCGCAAAACCAGCCACGAUGGUUCAGCCAGGGACAUCUCAGUCCUCUUGGGUGGACUUCAUCAAACACCCUUUCGUUGGCACCUUCACCUUCUUCUAUCUCCUAGUUCAAGCUGCCAUCAACUGGUUCUUCGCUCCUGCCCCGCCACCACCCGCUGCACUCGUCAAUGGCCUUCCCAAAAAACGAGUGGCAGUCAUUGGUGCUGGGUUAACGGGCGUGUCGGCGGCAGCUCACUGUGUGGGUCAUGGUUUCGACGUACAAAUCUUUGAGGCACGCUCCAAAGCAAAGGGACUGGGAGGUAUCUGGAGUAGAGUAAACUCUACAUCCUCCUUGCAGAUUCAUAGUAUUAUGUACCGAUUUCAUCCGUCGGUGAAAUACGAUAACGCGUAUCCGACUCAAGGAGAGAUUCGGGAGCAAAUCGUAGAUGUGUGGAAGCGCUAUGGUCUGCAGAAGCACACGGCAUUCGAAACCCCUGUGACCUCCGUGAAGCAGGCGAAGGAUGGCAAAUGGAUCAUCAAUGAUGACGAAGAGAAGUACGGCCGCUUUGAUGGCGUGGUAGCAUCGGUUGGUGUCUGUGGUGACCCGAAGAUGCCGCCGUUGCCCGACCAGGAGCAAUUCAAGGGCAAGAUCUACCACUCAUCGGAACUGGAUGGCAAGGAUGUGGAAGGGAAAAAGGUGCUCAUCAUCGGUGGCGGUGCCAGCGCCAUUGAGGCCCUGGAGUUCGCGGUCCAGUCGAAAGCGGCGGAAAUCGAUGUCCUGUCGCGGUCGGAUAAGUGGAUCAUCCCCCGAAACGUGCUGGUUCAGUCCCUGCUGGCAUUGAACAUCUUUGGAAUGGAGACCUCCUUUUCGUGGAUCCCGGAGUGGCUCCUGCACAAGUUCUUCUAUCGGGACUUGGAGGAUAUUGCACCCUCAGGUGGUCUCUUCACGACAACGCCAAUGGCUAACUCGGAGCUCUUCGACAAGAUUCGGGAGGGCAAGGCUCGGUGGCUGCGCGGAGAUAUUGUCUCCGUGAAGGAGAAUGGCAUCCUUUUCAACCGCCGCGCCAGGAAGGUGCCCAAGGGCGGCCCGGGCCAUGAGUCCGUCGUCACAGGAGAUGUCAUUAUCAUGGCGACAGGCUUUAAGCGUCCGUCACUAUCUUUCUUGCCCGACGAUGCGUUUGAAGAGCCGUAUAGUCCACCCAGCUGGUAUUUGCAGGUGUUUCCCCCGAAGUACCCCGAGAUUUGCGCCAACAAUAGCACCUACGUGGACGCGAUUGGAACCGUGGGCAACAUGCACAUUGGCAUCUACACGCGCUUCUUGCUCAUGUUCUUGACGGAUCCCCUGACGCAACCCACGGAGGGUCGCAUGAAGACUUGGAUCGAUUUCACCCGCUUUGUGAAGCAGCAUUCCCCGACCAACGCAUUCGACUUCUUCACGUACUCCGAACUGAUCUACUGGUUUGUGUUUGUGAUCCUGGUCAACCCAUUCCGGUGGAAGUGGGCACCGUUCGUACUGUUCGGUGUUGGUCGAUCGCUCCCAAUGGGGGUGGUCAGGCAAGAAGAGUCGUUCCGCAAGCAGUUGAAGCAACAGCGGUAAAGCAUCUCUUCAGCCGCCUGAAGAGGGUUGCUGAAUGGACGAAUGUCUUCCACCCUCUCUGAUUUGAACAGUGGCACUCGAACUGUGCCCGGUCGGUGCAUUUGAGCCAAUGGAACUAAUAUCCGCACUUUCUUCUCGCAUCUCGUGGCUCGCGGUAACGCCGUGAC